UUUCCACUUGCAAGAUGGCGGGACAGUACCUAACUGGGAGCUGUUUCCUCACAGGAGUUAUUUUCAUUGGGGGUUUGGCAGCCAGUCUUCCUAUUCUCAAUCUCCAUGCGGAGGUUGGAGUAAUUUUCAUCCAUGAGCUGGAGAGAGAGGACUUUAAGGAUACUUUCCCUUUCUCCAUGGAGGACAAUGAAGAAUCUCCGUUUGACCCUCCCAUCACUUUCCAUGCUAAUCUUCUGCAUCACCCUGAUCUGCCUCGCUGGAUACGCUACAUUCAACGUACCCCCUUUGACACAGGAUACCUUUAUGGAGCUCCCACAGAUAAGGACAUCGGCAAACAGAUCAUUGAGGUGAUGGCCUAUAACAGAUAUACAUUUGAGACUGUGAGGCAAACAAUGGAAAUACGCAUUUCAUUAUCUCCAGAUGGAGAUAUGCCAUACCAAGCCGAUUUCUUUGUGAAGAACUGGGAUGUUGAGGAAAUGCUUCCGAAAGAUGCCCAAGAACUUUUCCAAGAAGCUGUAGGUAGCAUGUGGGAGCAAGAAGGCUUGACUGUCAUUAAUAUUACCUCAGCGUUAGACCGGGGAGGCCGUGUACCUUUGCCAAUUGAAAACAGGAAAGAAGGGGUUUAUAUUAAAGUGGGGUCCAAGGAUCCAUUCACUACAUGCUUAACAGAGGCAAAAUCACCUGACAAUCUUUACCGAUGCAGAUUGGAGCAACAGCCUAUCAUUACCUGUUAUGAUCACUUCAGUCCUCAAUUCCAAGUUGAUUGGUGUAACCUUACUUUGAUAGACCUUACAACUAUAAACGAUACAGAAAUGGUACCAGUUUAUGGAGAUGGAGUGCUUGAAGAAGGGACUGAAUUUAAUCCUCCUGAUGAUGCUCCUGAUAGGAUAUUUUUCAGUGAUUUCUUACUUACUUUCCUUCUUCCAUUCCUCUUGGGCUUUCUACUCUUCUUAAUCUUGGCCUACAUCAUGUGCUGUAGACGAGAGGGCGUGUACAAGAGGGACCUGAGCACCUCAGACAUCCAAAUGGUGCAUCAUCACACAAUCCAUGACAAUACAGAGGAACUGAGGCAGAUGGCUGGUACUCGGGAUGUGCCCCGUCCCCUCUCUACUUUACCCAUGUUUAAUAUCCGUACGGGCGAGAAAACAAAUCCCAUGCAAAAUAACCGCUAUGACAGUGCCCAGGUGCCUCUCAUUUUGGCUCAACAAUGAAUAAUUGAUCAGGCCAGCCUGUGCCCAUUUUCACUGAGAAGGGUUUUUCCACCAAAGAUGUUUCUCAGGAUUGAGACAACUGUUGACAAACCUUGGCAUGAGAGAUCUGAGCUUAUUGCAGUGUUUUAUAUUGAUAAUAGUGAAGCUUGGAAAUGAACGACAUGUGUGUGUUCAGUAAUUGUUGGUCUAAAUUUGUAGGGUGCGUUUUCAGUCCUUUUGUUUCUACAUAUUCAAUGGAUGGGAGAUAUUCAAGGUUAGUAUAGCAAUGCUGUGUGUUAGAGAUGGCUAGCCUUCCCACGCAACUAUAUUUUCUAAACUUCUUGCCAAAAGUAAUCACAGUUAAUAUGUGUUUGAUAUUACACAAUACAUAAUUUCCCUCUAUCUUCCUCUUGUAACUUGGCAUGAUAAAAGAUAAACUCUUUUUCCUGUAUUUUGUGUUCCUCAGUGAAUAAAUUGGCAAAACCUGGAUUUCUUUAUAAAUAAUAUUUACAUUCACACAUACAUAACCAUCACAUUAUACCGUUUUGAGUAAACAACAUUGUACAAAAUACAGAAAACAAGAAGUACCAUGCCAAAAACAAAAAACCUGAGACAUGAAAAUAGAACUACAUUUAAUGGAAAUAAGGAUUCAUUGUAGCUCUUUUUUUUCUAUCCUUGGGAACCUCCUUUACAAAUUUUAAAUUACUUUGAGAUCUUUUAGUUGGGAUUAAUAUAAAAUGAUUUAAAUAAAAUAUACAUCCGUG